GAGACCGUGGGUGGGAAUAUAUUGAAUGUUCUGACGUGUGGUUAUAGCAUCAGUGUCGAGAAGUAAAGUGCAGUAUAAAAGAGUUGCUGCAGGACACCGCUCGUUGUGGAAACAGCACACAGUCAGCAGGAGGACAUGCGCGGCUCUUUACUCGCGGUGCGCGUGCUGUUCCUGCUGUCGCUCUCCUGCGCGUGCUACAUCCAGAACUGCCCACGCGGGGGGAAGCGCGCCUCCGCCGAUCCACCUCUCCGACAGUGUAUGGCAUGUGGUCCAAAGGACAAUGGCCGCUGCUUUGGGCCCAGUAUUUGCUGUGCUGCAGGUUUGGGCUGCUCUGUGGGCUCUCUUGAAGCAGCGAGCUGCAUGGAGGAGAACUACAUUCCCACUCCAUGUGAGAAUAGAGGUAGAGCAUGUGGAUCUGAGGGGGGACGCUGUGCUGCUCCAGGUGUCUGCUGUAACUCAGCGAGUUGUGUUCUGGAUUCUGGCUGCUCAGAAGACAGCAGGCAUAACCAUCCUGCAGAAGGAAGCACUGUAUUGAGCAGUAUUUCGACAGGAGAGAUGCUUUUGCAUCUCCUCAGCCUGGCUACUGUGAAGCAAAAAGAAGUUCAGAGAUUCAGAGCCACUUGAUUAUUCACAUUAUUCACAUACACAAUGCCUACUCCUAGUGUUCAAACAUGUGACAAAUGAACAUUUAUUGUGAUGAACUAAUGCCACAUAGAGUUAAGUGUGUAAAAAUAUAAUGAAUAAAUAGUUCUUGCAAC